AUGAAAAGUGCCUUGCAAUCUUUCUUUUCUUUUUCUCUAUCAGCAGCCUUUUAUUCCUCUGGCACAGUGCUGUCCAUCGCUGGAGCAUUACUAGUGACCCUUUACAAAGGAAGUCCCAUCAUCAGCUUUCGAACUCAACCCUCGCCAACACAACCAUUGCCACCUUUGUUGGCUGAAACCAGUAACUGGGUUAUUGGAGGUCUCUUCUUUGCCACUGCCUCUAUUUCUCUUGCAGCCUGGAAUAUUACACAGGCAGCAAUUCUGAAAGGAUAUUCAUCUCAGUUAACCAUAUUAGCCUACUAUUGCCUGUUUGGAACCAUCCAAAGUGCAAUACUUUCUCUCAUUGUAGUCAGAGAUCCAAAUGACUGGAAAAUAAGCCCUGACAUUGAUCUCAUCGCUGUAUUCUAUUCAGCUGUUGUGGGAAGUGUGGUGACAUUUUCUGUAAACACUUGGUGCAUUAAAAAGAAAGGACCUGUAUUUGUUAGCUUGUUCAAGCCUGUGGGGAUUGCCAUUGCUGCCUUUUCGACUGUUGUCUUCCUUGGUGAAACACUCCAUGUUGGCAGUGUUGUUGGUGCAGUGAUAAUUGCCAUCGGAUUUUACACAGUAUUGUGGGCACAAUCAAAAGGGGAAAACGCAAAAGGCUUCCAAGUUGAUGGACUGUCAUCCCCGUCUGCCCAAGCGAGUCCUCUACUCGAGUUCCAUGAAAGCAAUGUUUUAGCAUAAGCAUUUACCAGUGUCUAGUACUAGUAGUUCAUCUUCGUCAAUUUUUUCAACAAACACCGGUGUGGUGAAAGAAUCAUUACUUUUCAGGGGAUUUUCUUUUACCAAUCUAUAGUUCUGUCUUGCAUUGCCUGUCUGUAUAUAUCACAUUGGUGUAAGUAAUGAAAACUCUUUACAUUGCUCAGUUUCCUCAAAAUUUAACAAAGGACAAUGUCUCAAAAGAUGACUAAUUGUAAUGCAAAUCCUGCUUACCUAUCUAUUGCCCCUUUCAAAGUGCAGAACCAUGAGAGUCCCGAGAGGCAUUAGCACUUGAAUUAAACAUACUCCAGCACCAUAUAGGGAAAGAAUCUAACCAAAAGUUAAGUCAAGCCCACACAUCUGCAUCAUUAAUUUUACCAGAUACUGUGCAUGACUUGAGAGAAUCUUCUACAUUAUGAUCCAGAUCAUGACUUAAAAUCAUCAGACAUUGCUGAUGGAAUACAAUGUGUUGCAAGAAUAUCUAGAGUAGUUGCUU